CGGAAGCACACGCCUCAAACAUGGCGGCGCCCGUGAGGAGCGUGCGAUAGUUGUUGCAUAGAGUGUCAAAGAUCACUCACCUGCUUAAUGCCGCAGUCCUCACGUACAGUAUGGACAGACGAGAGUUCACAGCCUCCCUUGUGGCAGGCGGCUGUGCGGGAAUGUGUGUAGAUCUCACUCUCUUCCCUCUGGACACCAUAAAGACUAGGUUACAGAGCCAGCAGGGCUUUUACAAGGCAGGAGGGUUUCGAGGGAUCUAUGCAGGGGUCCCGUCAGCGGCUAUAGGCUCCUUUCCCAAUGCUGCAGUAUUUUUCGUCACCUAUGAAAGCACAAAGUCGUUCUUUACCGGCUACAGUGCUACAAACUUGGUCCCCAUCACUCACAUGCUGGCCGCUUCACUUGGAGAAAUCGUGGCCUGUCUGAUCCGUGUGCCGACUGAAGUAGUAAAGCAGAGGACACAGGCCAGUCCCUCUCUCAGUACCUACCGAGUGCUGCUGAACACACUACAAGAAGAGGGUUUCAGAGGCUUGUACAGAGGUUAUGGCAGUACAGUACUUAGAGAGAUCCCAUUCUCGCUGGUGCAGUUUCCACUCUGGGAGUACCUAAAGGCCAUUUGGUGGAGGAGGCAGGGGGGACGGCUGGACCCUUGGCAGGCAGCAGUGUGCGGAGCUCUUGCAGGUGGAGUAGCAGCAUUCGUCACGACUCCGCUAGAUGUUGCAAAGACUUGGAUAAUGUUGGCUAAGGCUGGGACGAGCACAGCCAGUGGAAACAUCCCAAUGGUUUUGUAUGAGGUGUGGAGGAGCCGAGGAAUACCCGGGCUGUUCGCCGGCAGCAUCCCCAGAGUGACGUUCAUCAGCAUGGGAGGCUUCAUUUUCCUCGGAGCAUAUGAGAAAGUGCGGCAUACGCUUUUAUAAACACCAUCGUCGUGGACGGUGUGGGCCAGUUUGUACUGGACCAGUUUCCUCAACCCGAACUCUGACUGUCCAGCCAAAACUGCAAAACCACGGCGAGGACACCUGGUGCCUGGAUAAAAAGAUCACAUAACACAGUGGUUUGCAUUCCUGAUAAUCAGUGCACAACAGAUUGAGUUUAACUGCCUGAAUUCCACUUAUGCUACACCACAGAUCGAGUUCAAACUCCGAUAUCCUUUUUGCAAGCCUACAUGAAUCUAUUAAAAAAGUAUUUUUACAAAAAUGAGUCGGCUAUUUGUAUUAAGACAUGCCUGUGCUGGUAUUUAUUUACUAAACUCUCAAGUUAAGGGUGUUACCAAUAUUAGGCAAGUUGAUUAUUGUAGCUAGUUGCUCUACUUCACUAUUAUUACCUGAAAAACAAACGGUGAGAGUCAAGCAGAAUGCAGAGAAAGACAGAUUAGUCCACAGGUGUGAAUGUGAGGUGGCACUGACUUUUUCAUACAAAGUCCUUUUCAACCACUCAAAAUAAACACACACAAACCAGAAGGUUUAAAAGAACAAAAUGUGACUUUAAUAAACACCUGCCAUUUUGACACUUCAACAGUUUUAGCCAUGUGGAUGAACAUCUGGGAUUAGAGUUCAGUUCAAUAAAUGUAUUUGGUGUGAAACACAUCUGUAGAGUUAAGAUAUCUGAAUUAGUGGGGCUCUUCACAGAGCUGGAUUACACAAAUAACCAUUUAACCACAGGAUCAGUGUAUUGCUAAAGUCAGUUUCAACAGCUUUUGGGGUUAGACUGGUGUUCGCUGUAAUCCAACUUUCUAAAAGUUCUUUCUUUUACUAUUUGGCCU